AUGGCGUCUUGCUUGGUGCCGGACUUCCCCGCCGUCAUGGUUGCCCUCGAACACUUAAAGGAGCUGGACAAUGUGCUGAAAGAGGAGGGAGUCCCAUUCGCACCUGAGGCCAGCCUCCAUCUGGCAGAGCUGAAGGCUGCUGUCACCGACCUGGAGUCAGACCGACGUGCUGCCCACGAACAUUUAGAAGUGGAAACCAUAGAAAACAGCAAGCUACGACUCCAAAUAAACAACAUACGUGAUCGAAUGAGCCAGGAAAUCAAGGCUGACGUGGCAGCAGCCCGAGCCUCCAAUGCUGAGGAGAUGGAGCUGCUGCACAAAGAGCUAAACACAGUGUCUGGGCUACGAGAAGCUACUGAGAAUAGGCAGGGAGUCCUCCUGAGCCAAAAUGAAGCAUUGCACCCUCACAGAGAACUAGAGAAGGCCCAGCAUGAAGAGGUCGUCGCUGUUCUGAAUGAUCAAAUCUCCCUAAAAUACAGCUUGCAAAUGCAACUCGACCAGACACUGGGGCAGAUAGAGGAGCUGAAGGUCCGCAUCGCUGCUGUCAAACAGGACAAAAUGUCACUGGAGCAAAACAUGGUGCUGGAGAGAGAAGCCUUCACUGUGAGAAAACGCAGCCUGUCCGGUGACGAGAAUCAGAUGGACGAGAAAAUCAAGCAGCAGAAACAAGUGAUCAGGAGGAGCAGAAGAGAGCAGGGGAGAGUAAAUGGCAAGAAACAAGAGAGCCGUGGCCGCCUGGAAGAGCUCGUGACCGAUUCGGCCAAGAUAGAGGGCAACCUACAAAGACUGACAGAAUCUCGGUGCCAGUUUGAGAAACAGCUGGACGGUGAGACUCAAAGGCGUCAAGACCUGAGGCAACAGAGAGAAACUCUGAAGAAGGAGUUGUGUGACUCAGGAGAAGUGUUCCGCCUUGCCAUUCAGAAUCUAAAAGAGAGAAUCACUGCAGUGGAGAGCAAAAUAGAGGAGGGUCAAGCAUCAAAGUUUCUCUGUCAGGACCACCUGGCUCAUAUCCAUGAGAUAUUCAAGCAGCAGCAUGAUGAAGAGAGCAACGUGAGGGCCGAGCACUCCCGUGCAUCACAGCAGCUGGAGCGGUCCGGGCUGCAGCUGGAGGAACGCGUUGCCUCCGUAGUCAAACACAACAAGGAGAUCAGAGAGAUGGACAAGCAGAUCAGAGAACUUCUGCAGGCUGACACGAUCAACAAGCGCAUGUUCGAGAGGAAUCAGGAGGAGCUGUGCGGUAACGUGGAUACAGAAAAGAAGACCAUCCGCCACCACGAGGAGGAGAGGAACAGGCUGAGGAGACUUCUGGAGGAGGCGAAAAGGGAGCAGGAGGAACACAUGGCGAAAAUAACCUCUGGCAUCACCAGCACAAGGAGGCGCUACGAGGAGCUGCGCCAAGAGGAGGCCGCGCUCCAGCAGCGCCAGCCCAAGAGCACAGAUGCCGACCUGCUAAUGAACCAUGUGACCGAGUGUGCAGCGGAAUACAGACAAAUAGAGAUCCAACUCCAUCAGGAGAUUGAGCAGUGCACCGCAGAGACUGAGGGCAUCACACGGAGCAACGAGGAGAAGCAGAGGGUGGUGGAGGAGAAAGAGGAGAUGCUGAAGGAGGUGGAGGCCAGGUGGAAUGAGGAGCAAAGCCGCCACCAGAGGCUGAAAACGCUGAUCUCCGAGCUGAGGCGGAGGAGGGCUGAGCUGGAGCUGUCCGUUCAGGUGCUGAAGGAGAAAACCAGUUCUCUGCUUCAGCCCAAAGAGGAGAUGAAGGCGGAGCUGGAGGAAACGCGAGCCCGUCACAUGGAUGUGCUCGCCAGACAGGCCUCAGAGCUGAGAGCUGUGGAACUGAGCAUCUAUGACACCAGUGUGAAACUGGAGCAGGUCAGCGUGGAGAACAGCAGGCUGCAUCUCUGCAUCAGACAGAUGACGGAGGACGUGAACAGAGUCAGGUGGAACAAAGACAGAUACUGGCAGGAGGUUCACAAGUUCAACCGGGACACGCAGGCCUUGUUUGAGACGUUACAGGAAGCAUGGAGGGAAGACAUAUUGGUAACAGAGGACUGUCAGAGGAGUGAUGGUGUUCUGCUGGUGUGUAUGAACACUCUGCUGAACCAUCUGAAGACUAGGAGACAGCAGUUAGGACAUGUCAACACACUCCUACACCAGAAAAUGCUAGAAUUCAGCAAGAGACUGGGAGAUAAAACAUAA